CAUUGCGUUCGGUUUACGGUUGCUGCUGUUUAUACUCGUGUGAGACUUUAGUUUCAGCUCUUUUAAAGAUAAGAUUUGUGUAAAAUAUCUGCAUUACAUCUGAAGUGAAACAGCAGAUUAGUCCUCAGAUUAAUGCCAGCGGUAGUGAUGAGAUCUUUAUAAGCUAAACUAGUCCCGAUCAGUUUGUGCGAUCAUUCAGCCAGAUCAGAUCAGAUUGUGAUUCCGUGAUCUAGUCUCAGGCUGCUAUGGGAUCUUCUAAGAAGAAUAAAGAGAAGGAGAAGGAGCGAGACCCGGAGGAGCGACACCGGGACCAUAAAAAGCACCGACACAAGAACCGGGAGCGGGAUAGAGAGAGAGAUGGGACCCGGGAGAAGGAGAAAGAGAAGAGGAAGAGAUCCAGGUCGCGGGAGAGGAGUAGCAGGGCUGAUGAGAAGGAGAGGAGCAGUAACAGAGGAGAGAAGAGUUCAACAGAACCGCGGAUAAAGAAAGAGAAACUAGAUCCUGUUUUUCAGGAGACUCAAGAUGUAGGUCCAAAGUCUGCAAGUGGAGAUGCUUCACUUAGCAUCGAAGAAACCAAUAAGUUGAGAGCCAAACUGGGCCUGAAGCCCCUCGAGUUUAAUGAAAGCAAAAAAGAACUGGGCACGAAGGAAGAGCCCAUGUUGGCUCAGGUGAUCAACCCCUUACAUGUCAAACAGCAGAGUGAUAUCAGAGAAAAACUGGCUGCUCUUAAAGAGAAACGGCUUCUCAAUCAGAAACUGGGUAAGGUGAAGACACUGGCAGAUGAAGACCCCUGGCUUGAAGAUGCUGCUUCAUGGGUAGAGAAGAGUCGCAAAAUGGCCAAGGAGAAGGAGAUGGCAGAGAAAAGGGCCAAGCUACUGCAGGAGAUGGAUGAAGAGUUUGGUGUGAGCAACUUGGUUGAGCAGGAGUUUGGACAGAGCAAGAAAGAGACGUACAGUUCAAAAGAUCUUAAAGGUCUUGCGGUGGAACACAAGGUGGAAUCUUUUAAAGAAGGAGAGACCAUCAUUUUGACUCUGCAGGACAAAGGGGUUCUUCAGGAAGAGGAAGAUGUGCUGGUGAAUGUGAACAUAGUGGACCAGGAAAAAGCAGAGAAGAAUGUAGAGCUGAAGAAGAAGAAGCCAGACUACAAAGCUUAUGAUGAGGAAGAGAGUGUGGAUGACAUGGCUGUGUUCAAGCCCAAGUCUGUUUUGUCAAAGUACGAUGAGGAGAUCGACGGAGAGAAGAAGAAAAGCUUCCGUAUCAGCGCAGGCGGCUACGUAGGGACUGAAAGAGAACGUGAGCUGCAGGCUAUCAAAGAGACACUGCGCAAUCAAGCCCAGUCUUUGGAGGUUCCUGCUCUUACCCUGGCAACAGAAUAUUACACCCCACAGGAGAUGGUGGCCUUCAAGAAGACUAAGUGCCGUGUGAAGAAGAUUAGGAAGAAGGACAAAGUGCUCAGGACUGAUGAUCUUCUCACCGAUGACACUCGCAACACAGACUUUGGCUCCAGGUCACGAGGACGAGGAAAGAGGCGGGUUGAUGAAGAUGAAGAAAUUGAAGACGCGGCUAGGGAUUCUGGCAGCAACAGCCCUGCAGCCGGUGUACUGCAGCAGUCUGAUGAUAUCCGGACUGCCGACAUGGACAUCAGUGAUGAUGAUGACUUCAUGCCUCCGGAGCCUGAUGUUAUAGAAGAGGAUGAGGCAGAACAGGAGCUGCAGAAACAGCUGGAGAAACAAAGAAAGCUUCGACAGAAGCAGCUGCUGAAAGAUUCAGGAGAAAAGGUGGUGGAACAACUGCGAGCGAUGGGCAAAAGUGGAGAUAGCGGUGAUGAUGACCCUGACAUAAAGAACAACAUUGUCUUCAAUGCCACCUCAGAGUUUUGCCGCACAUUGGGAGACAUUCCCACCUAUGGCCUGUCAGGCAACCGAGAGGACCAGGAAGACAUGAUGGACUUUGAGCAGCAAGACGAUCGUGAUGGAGCUGGAGGCUCGGAUUCCGAUAUGGAUGAUAACGUGGGCUGGAGCACAGUCAACCUGGACGACGAGAAGAAGCAGUCCGACUUUGCCACAACUUCCACAACCAUUCUGGAUGAAGAGCCUAUAGUUAAAUCUGGCCUGGCAGCUGCUUUGCUGCUCUGCAAGAACAAAGGUCUGUUAGAGACUCAGAUGCAAAAGGUGGCUCGAGUUCGCGCUUCAAAAGGAGCUCUGCCAAACGACAACUACUGCAUUGAAGACAAGAUGGCGAUUGAUGACAAGUACAGCAGGAGGGAGGAGUACAGAGGCUUCACUCAGGACUUCAAAGAGAAAGAGGGCUACAGGCCAGACGUCAAGAUCGAAUAUGUAGACGAGUCUGGACGCAAGCUCACUCCUAAAGAGGCUUUCAGACAACUGUCCCAUCGUUUCCAUGGCAAAGGAUCUGGAAAGAUGAAAACUGAGAAAAGGAUGAAAAAACUGGAGGAGGAGGCGCUGCUGAAGAAGAUGAGCAGCAGUGACACUCCUCUUGGCACUGUGGCUCUGCUGCAGGAGAAACAGAAAUCACAGAAAACUCCUUACAUCGUCCUCAGUGGCAGCGGAAAGAGCAUGAACGCAAACACCAUUACCAAAUAGAUGCAUCUGAACUCAGGAUUCUUAUGCUUUAAUGCUUUUCUGCUAUAGUGUGUUUUUCAUUAAAUAUUAGUGCUUUGAUCAAAACUUUUAGGACUAGUUUGUUGGUGAGUAUGUUUAGUGCUUUUAUAAGCAAUAUGUGCUCAUAUGAAAAGGGUUUGUUUCAAUUCUGUAGUGUCUACUGAUCAAUAAAACUCUGGACAAUAUAAAG